AUGCAUCUUGAACAAAUGACAAAUCUGCAGCAAAAACUCACGGAAUUGAUCGAAUCGGUCACGCCGAAACUGGAGUUGGUUACCAAUGAGGUAGAGAAGUCGCUGGAGCGCAUAGAAUCACGAGAACGAACACUGAAUCAGCAACUCGGUGUUUGGUUGUCACGCUACAAAGAGGCCAAUGAUGCUAGAGCUGAGGUUAGAGAGCGCUACAAGGCAGCUUUUGUGGGUGUCAGCGAACGAACAGCCGCUCUUCAGAGGAUCUCCGAGGACAUUGACCAGAUAAAGAUGCAAAUCGAAGAACAAGGAGCAAAGACGAGUGAUGGAGCUCCGAUAAUGAAAGUGAAGCAAGCUUUGCUGAAAAUCGAAGAGGACAUCCAACGAAUGAACGUACAGAUUGGUGUUCUCGAGCAGUCCCUAAUGCAGGCCCAACUCAGAGAGCGCGUCUCGUACGCGACCGAAGCCUACGGGAUCGCCUAA